AUGACGCAGGUGCUCACCGGGCAUGGCUGCUUCGGGGAGCACCUGCACGAGAGGAUCGGACGGGAGGCCACCACAAGGUGCCACCACUGUCCGGAGCCGAGGGACACGGCGCAGCACACCUUAGAGGUGUGCCCAGCAUGGGACAAUGAGCCCACGGUUGUGAGGGAGAUAUUAGAGAGUCCCACAAAGUGGGAUGCUUUUGCCUCCUUCUGCGGCAAUGUGAUGCGGCAGAAGGAGGCUGCUGAACGCGUACGGGAGGAGGCGCCUGAUGCGCCCCCUGAGAGGAGGAAAAGGGGGGGGAGACGGAGGAGAGUAUACCUACAACAACAUCAGUGA